UACGGUGGCCCGGAGGGGGCCGGCGGGCGCUGGCAUGGCGGAGGCGGAGGAUCCCAGACAGGUGGUCCAGUUUGUUGCAUAGAAAUGUAUAUUCACGCCUUUAAAACGAAAGGAAAGGCGGGAGAGCAUUCUAGGCAGAGGGAACAGCGUGUUAUCGAGAGCCAGAGUCAGGAGGGAACCUUUCACGCGGACUAUUCAGUAAAGGAGGAUGGGCUUCCUCCUACUUGAGCUGCAUCAAUGUUUUCACCGUAGAGGCCCUGUCGUUCCUCAAAUUCCUGAGCGUGUGGUACUCGGCUGCGGUGGGGUUCUGUGGAAGAAACGCCUUAGAGAUCCGUCGCAUUUCCAGGGUUCCUAUUUACCACUUGGAAUCGCCCCACUUCCUGUCUGGAAGACAGAUGUCGGCAGUCGAAAUGAAGGAUUUCUUGGAGGUUUUGGACCAGUUGUAUAAGAAGGUCCUUGUGGGAGCCACCCUGGAGAAGGACACGCGGGAUUACCUCUGCUGUCUCCGCCCAGCGUGCUCAGAUCACAGUAGCUCUGGGACCGCCUCCUCCCGGCGCGCAGUCACCCUCGGUGACCAGGGCAGGAGGCAGCCGUCCCCUGUCCAUCCGUCCCCCGUUCCUGUCGCGCCUGCGCCGGGGAAGAGCAGUGCCCGAGACUUAACGCUGCUUCGGUUGACGGUGAUCCAGGUGAUGGUGACCAGGAUACUGUCUGUGGAGACCGAGUUCCAAGCAAAGGAGAAGUACAGAGAGAUCAUUACAGCUCUUUUAAAAUCAUCGGACCUUGAUUCCCAAUUGAUCUGCAUGUUCCAGGACUCGGAUAAGUUGUUGUCUCACGUGGCUGCAAAAUGCCUGGCGUGGCUUCUCUAUUUCCAACUGAGGGAAAAGGUAAGUCCUCAGCCCAUCUUUGAAGUCUUUUACAACUCCUUCUUUUCUCAGCAUCUGGACGGCCCCCCGGGCACCUGUCACUUAGCCAACACCUUGCUGGGCGUCCUGGAACUGCUAGAACUCCUCAUCGCUUCCAGAACCCACCGGGACCUGCAUUUCACCUGCCAGAGGAUUUUAUUUUUGAAGCCGUCCUGUGUGCUGGACGUCAUCACCUGGCCCGUGCAGGCUUUCGUCAAAAGGAAGUUCGUCAUAUUCCUCAAAAAGUGCCUUCUCUGGAAAGCGGGUGAAGACCUCUGCCGCGGGGCUGUCGCCGCCCUGGCGCCACCGGAUCGGCAUUUGGAGGGGGACAUGGCGGCGUUAGCUGCUGCCGUUCUGCAAGCUGUGGAUUUGGGCUUAUUGAGGACGUUGUCUGUCCACGGAAAGCCUUCCUGCUUUGCAGCCGGUGAGGCUCAGCCUGGAUGUGAGCGGCCCCCUGGUCCAGAUCACGUGAUCCUUAGAGCCGCGAGCUUGCUUGUUAUUAAAUCCUUAGAAAUCAAGUUUCAAAAGUGUGCUUCAGCCAAGGAAAUGAAAGGUGAUUUGCAGAGGUACAUGUCUGAGCUACUGACCUUCCUGCAGCCUCACCUCCAGCCCUCCGUGCCGGCGCACAACCCGUGCGAGUGGCUGUCUAGGGUCUUCAUGGAGCAAGACGAUGACAUGCUGGAGGCUGCGAGAGCAUCCAUGGGCAUCUACCUCAAGCUCACCAGAGAACAUGAAGCUGCUCAAAACUUGGCCCAAGAAAAAGAAACGUGGAACCAGCACACGCACGAAAACGGCUACAACCCGCACUGCAUUUUUUUAUUCUUUUUAAAAACUAUAGGGUUUGAUUCUACCGUCCUUCUCGACUUUUUGAUUUCAUCCGAAACCUGCUUCCUGGAAUAUUUUGUCCGAUACUUAAAAUUACUGCCCAAAGACUGGGAUGCAUUUUUCACCAUUUGCAAGGACUUUGAUGUAACCGAAUGUCCCGAUAGCAGAAAUACUUGUGGUCGCCUCGCCUCACUUGUCCAAGACACAAGCAGCAACCACCGCACAGAAUCCAGGCCGCUGGCUGCCCUUGGCAGUCACAGGAGCGCGCAGGCCUGUGUCUCCUGGGCGUCGGAGGCUUGCCCCGAACCCCCGAACCAGGUCGUGAUCUCCGGGGAGAGACACACCACGCCCCAGGCUGGCAGUCGGGCGUCCCCGCCGGCCGCUCAGAGCCUGGUCGAUUACGACACCUCCGAUGACUCCGAAGUAGAACCCCCAGACCUGUGCUCAGCAAAUAGUAAGCAGACAUCUGCACACCCAGACGCCACGGAGAAAAUUCAGGACCCAGGGGGAACAGGGAGGGGUAAGAAAGAACUGAGCUCGGAGCUUCAGUCCGGGCCUGCGGUUCCGAAAGAAUCCAAUAGUCCUUUCUCUGUGGAUUGUGACGACGCCCCAAGGAACGUUGACUGUGAAGUGGGAACGUCUUACCGAACAGUAAAGUGUUUCCAAGAGCUGCAAGCUGCCAUUUCCCGUCUGCAGAAGAAAAACCUUUUCCCCUAUAACCCGACCGCCCUUUUGAGGUUGUUAAAACAGAUCGAGGCAGUUUGUAAUAAAAGCACGAACCCUCUGUGAAA